GAGUAGGAGGAGCGCUGUUUUCUGGAAGCUCCGCGGAGCAGAGCGUCCGAGCAGCAGCAGCAGCAGCAGCAGCGCGCGGGCGGCGGUAGGAGGAAAACCGACGGCUGAGAAGUGCGGCUCGGAGGGGGGAGCAAGGCGGGGUGUGACGCCCCUGAAUUGUUCGCCGUGAAGAGGAGUUUAACCGGGCUGUCAGCUGUGCGACCAGAGGAGCGGACUGGCCGCGGAGCCCCGAAAAGCACUGAGGUGUCGGAGCUGGGGAUGCGUGUAACCCACCUGGAUGAGCGCCGUGUAACCCGACUCUGAUGGACCGUGCAGCGCUGUCCACCGGCUCCGCUCGGGCUUUUCAUCCUCUCUGAGCGCUACACGCGGGAGCCGUGGAAAAGUGUCAGGGAGCGGACACGGCAGCUGCAGCAGAGAAUAGUUACUAAUGUUUGACAGCUUUCCUUUCUGAGACCGGGUUUCCAUAUACCGGGAGGCUCUACGAAAGGCGGGGCCGAACCGGGGGGGCUGCCAGACCGGAUUGCUGAGCUCUCCUCGUCCCAAUACCCCCACGGCGACGCAGCCUUGUUUUUUUUGGGGGGGCGGGGGGUCGACGGCGGAGGCAACUGGGAAUAAGAAAGCUUUAUUUUGCAACUCUUUUCCAGGCAGCCGGUGUGUUGUCAUUUAUUUCUGCCAAGCGGUCAGCUACCCUUGGCCUCCACUGCCUACAUUCGGGAGCAUUACCGGGUUCGGGACCUAUUUUUUUUUUUCUUUAACGGAGGUGUGGGGGAUAAUUCAUCUCCGGCAGGACUCGGACUAUGGCGGACGACGACAUUCUGUUUGAAGACGUGUACGAGCUCUGCGAGGUCAUCGGAAAGGGUCCCUUCAGCGUGGUGAGGAGAUGCAUCAACAGGGACACGGGCCAGCAGUUCGCUGUCAAAAUCGUGGAUGUGGCCCAGUUCACGUCCAGUCCUGGUCUCAGCACAGAAGAUCUGAAGAGAGAGGCCAGCAUCUGCCACAUGCUGAAGCACCCCCACAUCGUGGAGCUGCUGGAGACCUACAGCUCAGACGGCAUGCUCUACAUGGUGUUUGAAUUUAUGGAUGGGGCAGACCUGUGCUUCGAGAUCGUGAAGAGGGCAGAUGCUGGCUUCGUCUACAGUGAAGCAGUGGCCAGCCACUACAUGAGGCAGAUCCUGGAGGCGCUGCGGUACUGUCACGACAACAACAUCAUCCACAGAGACGUCAAGCCUCACUGUGUGCUGCUGGCGUCCAAAGAGAACUCUGCUCCCGUCAAACUGGGCGGCUUCGGAGUGGCGAUCCAGCUCGGGGAGUCCGGACUGGUGGCGGGAGGGCGCGUUGGGACCCCUCACUUCAUGGCGCCGGAGGUGGUGAAGAGGGAGCCGUACGGUAAGCCGGUGGACGUGUGGGGCUGCGGCGUCAUCCUCUUCAUCCUCCUGUCGGGGUGUCUGCCGUUCUACGGCACCAAGGAGCGACUGUUUGAAGCCAUCUGCAAGGGCAAAUACAAGAUGAAUCCCCGCCAGUGGAACCAGAUCUCAGAGAGCGCCAAGGACCUGGUGAGACGGAUGCUGAUGCUGGACCCGGCAGAGAGGAUCACUGUCUACGAGGCUCUGAACCACCCCUGGCUCAAGGAGCGGGACCGCUACGCUUACAAAAUCCAUCUGCCCGAGACCGUGGAGCAGCUGCGAAAGUUCAACGCCAGGCGGAAGCUCAAGGGAGCUGUGCUGGCCGCGGUGUCCAGUCACAAGUUCAACUCCUUCUACGGGGACCCGCCAGAGGAACUCCACGACUUCUCUGAAGACCCCACCUCCUCAGGACUCCUAGCAGCAGAACGUGCUGUGUCUCAGGUGUUGGACAGUUUAGAGGAGAUCCACGCUCUAACAGACUGCAGUGAAAAAGAUCUAGACUUCCUCCACAGUGUUUUCCAGGACCAGCAUCUACACACGCUCCUUGACCUCUACGAUAAGAUCAACACCAAGUCAACGCCGCAGAUCCGAAAUCCCCCCAGUGAUGCGGUGCAGAGAGCCAAAGAGGUCCUGGAAGAGAUCUCCUGCUACUCAGAGAAGUACGAAGCUAAAGAACUCAGACGGAUACUGACACAGCCGCAUUUCAUGGCGCUGCUGCAGGCCCAUGACGUGGUCGCCCACGAGGUUUACAGCGACGAUGCGCUGCGCGUCACCCCUCCACCCACCUCGCCCUACCUGAACGGAGAGUCCCCGGAGAGCGCGAAUGGAGACAUGGACCUGGAGAACGUCACCAGGGUCCGCCUGGUCCAGUUCCAGAAGAACACAGACGAACCCAUGGGCAUCACGCUGAAGAUGAACGACUCAAACCACUGCAUCGUGGCCAGGAUCAUGCACGGAGGAAUGAUCCACAGACAAGGAACGUUGCACGUUGGAGAUGAGAUCAGGGAAAUCAACGGCAUCAGUGUGAUCAACCAGACCGUGGAGCAGCUACAGAGGAUGCUGAGGGAAAUGCGAGGCAGCAUCACCUUUAAAAUCGUGCCAAGUUACCGGACACAGGGCUCCUCCUGCGAGAAAGAGUCCCCCAGCACCUCCAGGCAGUCCCCUGCCAAUGGCCACUCCAGCAUUAACAGUUCUAUCUUGGACCUGCCGUCCACCAUCCAGCCCAAGGGUCGACAGAUCGGAUCCAGACCCACUAAGGACAAAAUGUCAGUUAAGAUCUACGUGAGAGCCCAGUUCGAGUACGACCCCUCCAAAGACGAGCUCAUCCCCUGCAAGGAGGCCGGCGUCCGCUUCCGCGUGGGCGACAUCAUCCAGAUCAUCUCCAAGGACGACCACAACUGGUGGCAGGGCAAGCUGGAGAACACCAAGAACGGCACGGCGGGCCUCAUCCCGUCCCCCGAGCUGCAGGAGUGGCGGGUGGCGUGCAUCGCCAUGGAGAAGACCAAGCAGGAGCAGCAGGCCAGCUGCACUUGGUUCGGCAAGAAGAAGAAGCAGUACAAAGACAAGUAUCUGGCAAAGCACAACGCAGUUUUUGAUCAACUAGACCUCGUCACAUAUGAGGAGGUUGUGAAGCUUCCUGCUUUCAAGAGGAAAACACUAGUUUUGUUAGGAGCUCAUGGAGUGGGCAGAAGACACAUCAAGAACACACUCAUAACCAAGCACCCUGACAGAUUCGCCUACCCUAUCCCACACACAACCAGACCUCCAAAGAAGGACGAGGAGAACGGGAAGAACUACUACUUCGUGUCUCAUGACCAGAUGAUGCAGGACAUCAGCAACAACGAGUACCUGGAGUACGGCAGCCACGAGGACGCCAUGUACGGCACGCGGCUGGAGACCAUUCGCAAGAUCCACCAGCAAGGAUUCGUGGCUAUAUUAGAUGUUGAACCUCAGGCCCUGAAGGUCCUGCGGACGGCGGAGUUCGCCCCGUAUGUCGUCUUCAUCGCAGCCCCAACUAUCACACCAGGCAUCAAUGAGGCGCCCCGGUGGUGUCGAACACUGCCAGAUGAGUCCCUGCAGCGGCUGCAGAAGGAGUCGGAGAUCCUGCAGAAGACCUACGCCCACUACUUCGACAUGACCAUCAUCAACAAUGAGAUCGACGAGACCAUCAGGCACCUGGAGGAGUCCAUGGACCAGGUGUGCACCACCAGCCAGUGGGUUCCAGUGUCCUGGGUCUACUGACGUGUAUCAUCUCCCCUCCGGCGCCGGCGGCACCUCGGCUGCUCUCGCCAUGUCCUCGUCAGCAGACAGAAUCUAGGAAUAAAAAAAAAAACGGUUUGGACUGAGGAAUGAGCUCCUUGCUACUCACGAUCUAAGACCCCCUUCAGCGUACUGUGAAAGCAACCGCAGAACUCACCUGAAACCCCCCCAGAGGGUGGUGCAGAGUCGGACCCCUUGCAUUCGGCCCCGGUCGCAGUCUUGUAUAAAAACAGAGUAAACAAUACGUGAAUAUUGUCAUGUCUGUACUAGCUAGGAGGCUAAAUCUUUGUUUAUGUUUUGUUUUAAAGAGACAGUACUGUGUUCCUGUUCCUCUCAUGUUGGUGAACUGCUUGACCUCCAGAGCUCCCAUCCCACUGUCGUCCCGUGCUGUAAACCACCUCAUGUAGAGACGCUGGCAGCGGGCACCUUAUCAGGAGACCACAUUAAAAAGCACACAAGCACCCUGCAGUGUCCUCUCAUCUGUAGAUCUCAUCCGCAGCCCCAGGUCAUUGGUCCGGUUCUGAUCCGAGCGCCAUCCCCUCAUCGGCCUUAAUGUAGGCACUGAGUGCGGUUCCAGCGUGGCCACGCCCGUGCAUCUACCUGGUACUGUCUCUUCUAAAUGAAUCCACAAGUGUUUCAGAGAUUAGAGUGAGGUUAUCAUGCAUGUGGACAUUUUUGAGCUUCCAUGCUGUCAGCCAGUCAGUGUUCCCCGUGUCCCUCUGUGAAGCUCCACCAAACAAAAGACGACUAAAAAAAAAAAAAAAGAUAGAGAAAAACAACAUUCCCGCUGUUAAAAAACUGAACUCCACCUGAAGAAGGAGAAAGACAAAAAAAACUGGACCAUGACAGAGCUGGACGUUGACUGGACGCCUAUGCACAUCCCUCGGGUUUCGGGCGACAUUUCUAAACCACAGAUUUAUAAAGAGAUCAACCAAUAUAUGUGAGAUGUGUUUGUAAGAAAAGAAAAUCUAAUAAAAGUCUUGAUUUGUU